ACAGUACUUUAUUUGCCCACUUUCAGCCAAAGCUAACCAUCAGCCAUUUGCCUCCAGACCUUCUGCCAUUCUUCUGACCCUAGUCAUUCUCAUACUACCCAAAACAUGGUUCUACUCUUCUUCUUGACACUUGCCAUAGACCUUGGACUUGGCUUCUCAGACCUCCCUCAUGGUGUGCGUCUAGUGGGAGGCCAUAGCCGUUGUAAUGGUCGUGUAGAGUUGCAGAAGAAUGGACAAUGGGGUACUGUAUGUGAUGAUCAUUGGACAAAUGAAACAAUAGCUAUGGUGUGCCAGGAGCUGCAAUGUGGACCAGCUGUGAAAGUGUGGGCUGGCAGACUCUUUCAACCAAAAGCCCCCAAAGACCAACCCAUCUGGAACCUGAAAUGUCGAGGGACAGAAGAGACAUUGGCAGAAUGUGAAGAAGAUACUGUAGAGUGUGAUGAUCAUUAUGAAGAUGCUGGGGCAAUCUGUAAAGAACCUCUAAAUAUUGAAGAACUUCGACUAGUUGAUGGCCCUAAUCACUGUAUUGGUCGAGUGGAGGUGAAAUAUGCUGAAAAGUGGGGUACUGUGUGCAAAGCAGAUUGGACCCUCCAGCAUGCCAAGAUACUGUGUCAGGAACUGGGCUGUGGAAGAGCCAUUCUGACCAAGAGUUGUUGUAACAAGGAUCAACAGGGCACAGGGGACAUCUGGCCAGGCCAAGUGAAAUGCCAAGGGUCAGAAAAAUCCCUGAGGGACUGUCCAGUUGUACCCAUGGAGAAAAACAACUGUACCCAUAAGGAUGAUACCUGGGUCUAUUGUGAAGAAAAAUUUGCCAUGAGGCUGGUGGAUGGAGAAAGCAAGUGUUCAGGUCGUUUGGAGGUGCUCCACAAAGGUUUUUGGGGCUCUGUUUGUAAUGAUGGCUGGGGGGAAAAGGAGGAUCAGGUGGUUUGCCAGGAGUUGCACUGCGGCAAAGCCCUCUCCCAGAAGCCCCGAGCCAGGAAGAGUUUUGGCCCUGGGAAAGGCCGGAUCUGGUUGGAUGAUGUCCGCUGCCAGGGUACAGAGACAUCCUUAAUACAAUGUCAACAUCGCUUCUGGGGCUACCAUGACUGCACCCACCGAGAGGAUAUUUCUGUGUUAUGUUCUGAAAAAUAGCAGGAUCCUUCUUUGGAGCCUAGAGCUGGGGCCAAUCUCAGGAAUGUCUUCUGCCAAGCUUAUGGAUUCCAUCUCUCCUGUGGCUUCUGAUGGAUCAGAAGGCUUCAUCUACUUUUCCCUCACUCCUAUUAAGGAAUCUUUCAACCUGGAUCAGAGAAUCUGCUAGUCUGAGAUCAACUCUUUCAUUUCUUCUUAAAAUCAUAAUGUAUGAGAACAGAGGAAGGAUAAAUAUGCUAGGGAGUUAGUUGAGUUCCUGAUAUUUCUAGUAUCUUCUUUUCACUGGAGGCCUCAUAUCACAGACUCUCUAACUUUCUUUCUCUCUUUUGAUCCCAUUUGGGAUCCUCCAAUUCCCACCUCAUUGGUACUUUUCCUUGUUGAGUUGUCAAAACAAGACUUGUGCAUGUGAAAUAAUAAAAGCAUGAAUGGAAA